AUGGUGUCUCUCCGUCAUGUUCCAAUUCUCGCCGCUCUGGCACUCGGCGCAUCUGCUGCGCCCUACAACACCUUCGACGGUGAAGGCUUCCCAGCAUGCAACGAUGUCGCCGCCGUCAAGUGGCCUAGCAGCGUUGACGAGAUUGUGUCUCUCGUCAAGGGCGCUGCUGCCAGUGGCACUCCCCUCCGUGCUUCUGGCAAGGGCCACAUGUGGUACGACACCAUGUGCACCGACGACCCGAGGACUGUCGUCGUCCGCACGGAGAACGUCAACGGAAUCUCAAACUUCACCCUCGAGGAAGGCGCCGAGUCCGGCUCUGUGGUCAUAGAGGCUGGUGUUACAUUCCUCCAGCUCGCAGAGUACCUCCACGACAACGGAGCAUCAAUGGGCUACACACUUGUCAACUGGAACAUCACCAUGGCUGGUGCUGUUGCCAUGGGUGGACACCGCUCCUCCCUCCGAGAGGACUCCAUGGUUACCGCCGGUGUCUUGUCCUUGGACAUUGUCAACGGCAAAGGCGAGCUCGUAACAAUUGACCGAGACCAGAACGACGAUGAUUGGCUCGCAGCGUCGACAUCGUUGGGUCUUCUCGGUGUCAUUGUCCGGAUGACUUUCAAGAUCUACCCCGACUUCAAGGUCUACGCUAUGCAGAAGACCUUGGAUGAGGAAGAAGUCUUGAACGGCGAUAUCUAUGGGUUGAUUGCGCCAUAUGCUACGGCAAACUUCUGGUGGUGGCCAUACAAGAAGAAGUUCCACCACCGCUACUACGACAAAGUGCCUACGGAGCAGAGCUCUCAAGAAGGAUUUCAGAAUACCUUCUCGCUCGACGCCAUCGAAGCUACCGCCGCGAAGGUUGUCUUGGAGAGCGGAAAGUACUUUUAUACUUCCAAUCUGCUCUUUGAGGAGAUUACUUUCAGCCAGUGGGAGAAACCAAACUUUCGGGAAAAGUCCACCAACAAGGAUAUCGAGUCCUUUCCCGUCUAUGGCUGGAACUACGACGUACUCAUUGGCGGAUUAUACCCCGACCAGAAGCCGGAGUGGGAGUGGGGCCUACAUGGCUAUACUCUCGAGCUCGCCUUCCCUAUUCCUAUGGCUAACAAGAUGCUGAAGCGCGUCCGUCAGCUAUUCGACGCCGAGAACAAGAAGCUCAUUGUAAUGUCGUCUACCUACCGUAGCGGCAUCAACAUCAAGUUUGGAAAGGCCUACGACGACUUCCUGGGCCAGGUUACUACCAACACUGCGGACGGCGCGGACUGGUCUAAGGGCGCCAUCAUGUUUGACUUCCCGUCCUUCCACCCUACUUCGGGCGACGGAAAGCGCUUCAACGAGCCAUUCUACAUCAACCUCGCAAAAACUCUCAUCAAUGAGUUCCCGUGCCGCCCGCACUGGACCAAGAACACCCGCGAAGUCUUCUCAUUGGCCAAGAAGAACAUCGACCCGGGCCACCUGUCCCGCUUCAACGCGGUCCGUCAGAAGUUUGACCCCGAGGGUAUCUUCAAGAGCCCUGUCGGCGAGGCCCUGGGCUUCUACAACUAG